AUGUCUGAAACGGCAAAGAAGUAUGGCGAAGACAAGGUCAAAAUGUGGAGGCGCAGUUUCGACAUCCCACCACCGCCAAUGGAGGUUGAUCACCCUCACUACCGUCACAUAAAAUACGACCCCCGUUCCGUAGACGGUCCCUCCGAGAGUGAGUUCCCAACACAUGAAUCAUUAAAAAUGACUAUACAAAGGACACUGCCAUACUGGGAUAACGUGAUCGUCCCUCAGAUCAAAAAUGGGUCUCGGAUUAUAAUAGCAGCUCAUGGAAACAGCCUCAGGGGCAUAAUAAAACAUUUAGAUAGUGAGUGA